GUUGCACACCAAUGCCAAUCGCAAUCGAUAACGAUGACCGUUCGCGACGCGAAGCUGUUAUCGGUGCGAUAGCCCUGUGGGCCAAUCGAGAUUUUCGCGACGCUGUUUGCAGCCCUUGUAGAAUUUUUUCCACUUGUUUUGUUAACAAGAGUGAAACAUCGAACAUGGCGGGCGGCAACACACCGCGUGUAAUACAGGUGACCAAUAUUGCGCCGCAGGCCACCAAGGAUCAGAUGCAAACGUUGUUCGGCAACAUUGGCAAAAUUGAGGAGAUUCGACUGUACCCCACCAUCCGGGAUGUUUCAUGCCCAGUACAGUCACGUAUCUGCUAUGUUAAGUACACGGAGACUAGUAGUGUGCCCGUGGCUCAGCAUUUGACCAAUACCGUUUUCAUUGACCGGGCACUCAUUGUCAUCCCGGUGCUGGCCAUACCCGAUGAGUACCGUGCUCUGGAGAUGCUAAAGAACGGGACCAUUGUGCCGGGCUUGCAGAAACCAGACUCUAAGCUGCCACCAGAGGUAAUCAAUCGCAUUGAAGGACAACUGCCGCAGCAAGUCAUCAAGACGUACGAUCCAAAGCUGGUCGAGUUCAAUCUGCCCGAAUACCCAGCGUUGCCCUCGUUCUACGAUGCUCGCAAGAUUGAGGAAAUUCGUCGCACCAUCAUUGUGUGCGAUGUGAGAAACGAGUGGCGCUUGGACGAUCUAAUGGAGUGCUUUCAACGCGCCGGCGAGGUCAAAUAUGCGCGUUGGGCUGAAAAGGAUAAUAAGACGUACUGCAUGAUUGAGUUUUGUGAGCAGACGAGCGUCAUACAUGCGCUGCGCCUGCAGGGUCAGGAGUUUAAGGGUGGGCACUUAAGUGUCUAUCACUCAACGUACUCCAUUACGAAGCCGGAGGCCAAGUCCAAUGAGGCAGCCCAGGCAGAGAUUGAGGAGGCCAUGACGAUUGUCAAGGAAGCACAGAGCAUGAUAUCGGCCGCUAUAGAUCCAGUCAUUGGCAUGUUAGCCAAGGACAAGCGGCGGCGUUCUCGCUCACACUCACGUUCACGUGAAAGGCGCACCACCAGUCGAUCCCGUUCUCAUCGCUCCAGCUCACGUCGCCGACGCCGUUCGGGCACACGCGAGCGACGUAGCGUAUCCAGGUCUAGGCGCUCGCGCUCUCGCGGCAAACACUCAUCACGAUCGCGCAGCAAACGCUCUCGCUCGCGCCAUCGCCGCAGCAGCUCACGCUCGCGCCGCUCACGUUCACGUGGUGGCAAGCAUUCACGUUCGUCGAGGUCACGUGGUAAACGUUCCAGAUCUCGCCACCGCCGCAGCACAUCACGCACACGACGCUCCCGAUCGCAUGGCGCAGGCGGAGGAGGAGGACUCGGUGGCAGCGGCAGUGCUGUCGUCUCUAUCAGUAGCGGCAAUGGCAAACGUUCCAGAUCUCGCGAGCGCAGCAAGAAAUCCCAUCGCGCACGUUCACCACGCUCGCGCAGCAAACGCAGUUCGCCAUCACCGCCACCUGUGCCCAGCAAGUCGCGAUCCAGUCGAAGCAAAGAUGUUACCACUAUUUCUACCAAGUCGUCGGCAUCGUCCUCCUCGCGACGACGCUCACGCACACCCGACGCACGCAAACUGAAGGCCAUUACGGAGGAUGUGGAGGCAAAGAUUUCCCGUAAAUCGGUCAGCGUUGAGAAAUCCGACAACAUGGAUAUAUCCAAUUCACCAUAAAGAUGAAACGACCCUAUCAUUUGAACACAUUUUGAUAACAAGAAAUACAAACAGAUAAAAAAAACUUACUUUACUUUUGCUAAUUAAAUCUAUAUAAAUGCCAAUUUCUAUUAUGUGACCGCUUUGAGAUUUUGUAUUGCUCUGCUCUGUCCUAGUUCCAAGUAUAAAGUUUGAUUCAAAAGUCCAGCAUUUACACAUGUA